UUUUCUUUGCGACAAAAUUCAUUGAAAUUAUUGAACAUGUAAAGCUUUUACUUUAACUCCUCUCUCUCCCUCUCUCUCUCACACUCACACUCACAGACACAGUCUCUUUGUUUCUCUCUCUCUCACACACAUAUAUACAUACACAAUACAACAAUAAACUACAGUAUUGCUGCAUUGGUAUUGGCAGUCACACACCCAACUCUCUCUUUCAACAUUCUCAAAGCCUUUUCCUUUUUCUUUUCCUAUAUCAUUCAACCCACACAUUUUUGGAAGAAGAAAGGGGGAGGGGAAGGUGUCACUAUCUUGUUUAUCUCUCCCUACAGUUGAGUGGCCUCCUUUUUUAAUUUCUUUCCUUCCAAUUCUUAAAGCAAUUGAAAUUUGCAAACCCUAAAGUUCUGAUCUUUGUGACUCCAGAUGUGGAUGCGGCGCAGAUGAUGGUUUCUGAUUUCAGCAUUGAAGGGGCAAACAUAUUGUAUUUGGGCUCUGUGUGUGUUCAAUUUGGUUAAUUAUAAAGUCUCCGUACAGUCCAAUGGCCUCAGAAUCAUGUAUCACGGGCUCCUCAGGAAAGCAAAGCAAGAGUCAUGGAGGGCAAGCGUACAAAACAGGAAAAUUGGACUCUGCUAUGAAAGAAUUACCCAGAAAUGUUGAAAAUGCUGCAUCUAAGAAAUUUACUUUAGAAGCUGCAGCGGAAAUAAAAAGAAAUAAUCAUUUGCAGAAGGGAGCAGUCAGUUCUUUGACAGGUAAAAUGGAUUCAAGCUUACAUUUGGGUAAUCCAAAACAAGCACCAAUAUUGAACCAAACUGCUGAGCAGGAAAAGAAAACAUCAGAUGAUGGAAAUGUGAAAGACAGCGCUGCAUCUGCAAAAGUUAGUGAUGGAGCAAGCAGCCUUGCUAAGACUAGCGGAAGUGCCAAGAUUAGUGAUCGAGUUGAUUUCGUUGAGAGUGGCAAGAGCAGUUUGUGUAGGGGUAGCACAAGUACUGAUAUUAGUGAUGAAAGUACUUGCAGCAGCUUGAGCAGCGGUGUUAACAAACCCCAUAAAGCAAACGACCUUAGAUGGGAGGCAAUACAGGCGGUCCGCACAAAGGAUGGGGUCUUAGAUCUGAGGCACUUUAGACUACUGAAGAAGUUGGGCUGUGGUGACAUCGGAAGUGUCUAUUUGUCGGAAUUAUGUGGUACGAAGUGUUACUUUGCAAUGAAGGUUAUGGAUAAAGCUUCACUAGCUAGUCGAAAGAAACUUCUGCGAGCCCAGACAGAAAGAGAAAUUCUGCAGUCUCUAGAUCAUCCUUUUCUUCCGACCUUAUACACUCAUUUUGAAACAGAAAAGUUUUCAUGUUUAGUAAUGGAGUUCUGUCCUGGGGGAGACUUGCAUACACUUCGACAAAGGCAACCAGGAAAGCACUUUUCUGAGCAAGCCGUGAAGUUUUAUGUGGCAGAGGUCCUUCUUGCUUUAGAAUAUCUUCACAUGCUCGGCAUCGUCUACCGUGACCUGAAGCCUGAAAAUGUUCUCGUGAGGGACGAUGGGCAUAUAAUGCUAUCAGAUUUUGAUCUUUCACUUCGCUGUACUGUGAGCCCCACUCUGAUAAAGUCCUCAUCGAUUGAAGCAGAUCCUUUACGGAAAAACAGUGUUUAUUGCGUCCAACCUGCCUGCAUUGAGCCAUCCUGUAUCCAGCCAUCAUGUAUGGUCCCUACUACAUGUUUUGCUCCUCGCCUCUUUUCAAGUAAAUCCAAGAAAGAUCGAAAACCCAAAAACGAAGUGGGCAACCAAGUUAGCCCUUUGCCAGAACUUAUUGCUGAGCCGACGGAUGCUCGUUCAAUGUCAUUUGUUGGUACCCACGAAUACUUGGCACCUGAAAUCAUUAAAGGUGAAGGGCAUGGCAGUGCAGUCGACUGGUGGACGUUCGGGAUUUUUCUCUACGAGCUAUUGUUUGGUAAGACACCAUUUAAGGGAUCAGGAAACCGGGCUACCCUCUUCAAUGUCGUGGGUCAACCCCUCCGUUUUCCAGAAUCUCCAGUUGUUAGUUUCGCUGCUAGAGAUCUAAUCAGAGGCUUAUUAGUGAAAGAGCCACAACAUCGGUUGGCUUUCAAACGUGGAGCAACGGAAAUCAAGCAGCACCCAUUCUUUGAAGGUGUGAAUUGGGCUCUUAUCCGUUGUGCAAGCCCUCCAGAGGUCCCAAGACCAGUCGACAUGGAGAGGAUUCCCCUACCUCCACCAUCAACUAGUCUGAAAGUUGCCCCUGCAGCUAUCCCAGCUCCCCAGAAUUCUGACAAUUAUCUGGAAUUUGAUUUCUUUUAGUAGUUUUUCAUGUUUGAGCUGCUAUUUGUUUUCAGAAAAUGAGAUAUAUGGAUAUUUCCAGACAUUAAAAGGACCAAAAGGAAGGUCAGAGCGUCUUGUGCUAGUAGUGUUUGAUUAUGUAUUUGGACAGUUGAAGAUUUGUUGUAUUGCAAAUUGUUGUAAUGCUGUUGGUAUCAAUCCGUACUGUGUAUCACUUCAA